CCCGUUCAAACGAUACCUGUGCUCGCUCGGGUUCGGACGUGUUUUGGAACGACUACACGACGCUUCGGUUCACUCUCCUUGCUUUUAUCUAGUAAAUGAAUUGAAAAUUCCGGAUCAUCUCCCAUCUCGAGAGAUUGACACGGUCAUUGUGAAGUGUGUUUAUUGCGUUUGUGAGACGCGAAACAGUGGCACUUGGAAAUGGUGCUUGUUUUUUUUCUGUGUGUGUUUUUUGCGGAUUGGUUCCCUGGGUGUAAUAUCGUGGGAUUGUUUUCGAAUGUUUUCGCAGCAUUUACUUCUGUGGAACGAAAUUAAGUACGCUAAAGGUGUAUGUUAUUGAGUAAUAGAUUGGCGAAUGUGUGUUCGAAGACGAUGAUUCACCGCAAGCUAAAGUUGGAAGAUACAGUAGAGAAGUAGCACCGGAAAUUGGACUGGAAGAAACGCAGUUCAGCUGGGAAGCCCAUAAAAUAGCAGUGUUUUGAAGCGCUUCGGUCGUUUUCAGUAUCUGCGCUUUACGACCGUCGUCAAUCGCAGUGCAAAAACUGGUUCUAAGCGAACGUGUGAGAGUGCGAAACAAGAGAGAAAGGCAUAUAGAAUUUAUGCUCCGUUGCGAAUUGCGAGUUUAUUGACAUUUGGGAUCUAUUGUAAAGUUGAACGUCGUCAUUUCUGUUUAUGUUUAUCCAAGUGUCGUCAGUGGAAACGAAUUCCAGCUGAGAACCGAAUACAAAUCCAAUUGGAUUUGGUAAUCUCUUUGAAUUGCAAUUGCAAAGCCCAAAUGCAAAUCAGCUGUAAGUGUGGAAUCCAUAGUUUUUAAUCCAAAGCACAUAAAAAAUCGAUAAUCCUCACCUCGUUCUCCUGCCGGCCGCCUCCCGGAGAAGCCGAGAAGAAAAGUUGGUACGGCACGUUGUUGUUUACUAUUGCGAGUAAAACAAAUAGCGUGAUGCGUACCAAAGUAGGCAGCAUUGUGAAUUAAAUACAGCCAGGCAGUAGUUGCCAGUGGCAGCAGCGGUAAAUGUAAAAAUAAAAUAAAUGCUGACAGACCACGCGAGUGAAAUUGCAUAAAUCGAUCGGAGCAGGCUGGCGAUUUAAUUGUGAAACGACUAGAAAGAGUACUACUACAGUGUACAGCUCUGAAACCGUGCAACAUUUGUUUGGGUGCAAGUCGUAGCUGCUGUCAUUGACACUUGCGAAGUGGAUGUUUUGCUAGCAGAAGCGGAGAAGCGGAGAUUGCAGACGAAAUUCAGUGGCGGAGAAACUUCCAUUGAUUGAUUGAUCGAUCGAUCCGUCGAGCUGUUGGGGCAAUCCGGCGAAUUGUUUCGGAGCUGAGAUCGCAUCCAUGUAGAGGCCCACCCACGCCCGGUGACAACGUAUUUAAGACGAUCGUUGGAAUUCACCACUGGAGGUGGUGCGCUGAGUUUGAAGUGAGAUUGCAUCCUGAAAGCGAAGUCUCAAUCUUCCCGCCCAAGACGAACGGAGACACUUUCCUUAAAACCUUACCUUCGUUGAAAGCUUCUGCAUAGUCGGUAGACCAGAGACAAACGGGUGCCCUGAAUGCCAUUAUCGGAGGCGGUGGUGGUGGAGCUUCGGACCGUUGAGAGGAUAAUGCCAAUAAAAUAAUUGCCCUUGGAGAGAGAGAGGAGGUUGGAGUGCAAAGGUGGCGAAACAGGAAGCAGUUGAGGGGAGGACCCUCGAAGCCGAAGACGACAAGCUGUGGCCUUCCGGCCGCACGGGUGGACGUCGUCAGGUGGAGGCGGUGGUGGUGCACCGGAAACGGCACAAUUCCAUCGCCAAAAUGACACAGUACUGGUGGAAGCACUGGUUCUGGAUUACCGUGUUUGCAGUGGUUCUAAUCGAGUGCACCCCGCUAAGCUCCGUCGAUUCCUACCCGGUCAAGCUGUCCGCCAAGCUGGAGGAAAACAGCAACAAAUCCACAUAUCUGAAACGGGCUGGUGAACUUGCCUCGCCAUCAUCAUCCGGGUCGUCAGGUUCCGCCUUGUCCAAUGCCAAACCGGCGGGAGGUUCCUUGCCAUUCAUAUCUUCGCUGCCGCCAAUGGCUGCGGCAUCUAGCGGACUGCUCUCCAGUUCCAACGGACCGGCACCGACGAUGAACAGUAUUGCGGUUAUUCCGGAACCGAUGCCGCAGGACAUCGACGACACGUUCGCCAGUGGAAGCCUGGCCGGAACGGACUUUGGACCGGAUGUGACCAGAUUUGCGAGGACGGACGGUGGUGAUGGUGACGCUGGAUCGUUGACGUCGUCAUCGACGACUACGGUUCCGGCAGCUGUAGUCGGUUCCGGAAGGUUGAAGAAGAACGGGACGAUCUUCUCGCGCAAUGAACAGAACAUCACCACGUUGAAGUUGAAGAACUACAAUCGGGGACUUGAAAAGGAGGAACAGAGGACAUCUCUUCGGAUGCCGGAACGUGGAAGUCGCCUGGUGGAUACGCUGAUGUUAACUGCCGUCGAGAAUUCUACGGAGCCCAUGGAACCGAACCCAGACCAUCCAGCAGAUGUCGAACCGGAAGAGGGCAGCGGUAAUGUCACCGAUGCGAAUAUCCCCGAGGAAGUACCUCUGGAGAACGGGACGUUCCCAGAGCAGGCUGUUCCCGAUCCUCCGCAGUUGUCGGUGUCCAGUGACUCCAGAAACAUCAGUAGCAUUAGUUUUAGUUCUAGCAGUAGUGAAGAUAGUAAUAGUAGUAGCAGUAGUGAGCGGGACAUUCCCGAUAGCCAUAGCGACAGCUCCGGAACGGACUCGAUCGUUGCUAGCGAUCGGCGGAUAGGGAAAAUUCUCUCAUCCGACUUCCGGGACUUCGUGAGCAAUGGCAAUCCGAAUCCAAAUGCGAGCAGUUACAUAUCGCGGGCGAUAGCUUUCUCCACGCAGGACCUACAGGAGGGAAUUGAUGAUCAGGACCAUCCCCUGGAGGAGGACGACUACAGACGCAGCUCACGAAGUCAGCAACGGCUCAACGUGGGGGCCAUCUCCGGGAUAUGUCUGGCAUCGCUGGGGCUUCUCACGGGGCUUUCCGCUGCGUUGAUCAUUCUGUACCGGAGGUAUCUCUAUCUGAACAAGCCCCAGGCGCUCAGCGAACCGGACUCGAGCGGAUACAUCGACGACAGCACGAUCCGGGACAAUUCGGACGAGAUGUACAGCUUGGACAAUGAUUCGUUCCUGAACUCGCUGGAGGCGAUGACCAUUCAGAACUACUGGACCGACAACGUCAAGCACACGAAGCUGUAGGUAGAGGUGUACUUCUACAAACUGAUACGCAUUAAUUUUCCUAGAUUAGAAGGUCUAUUUCUCGAUUGCAAUCAUUCCGUCACAUGCCGUCCCUUAGUAUGAAUGAUAGUCUACUGUAUUGUUCGAUUGAUUAACUAGCCUAGACAUUCCGUAAGACAUAUCGUUACUCAGUUUUAGAGUAGUGCUAUGAGGGUAUUCUUUGUUAAAUGAGUUCCUUAGUUGCAGCAUUCCAAAUAAUUUUACCUAUUCUUAUGAUCUAUUUUAUACGACUAGCGACGUCGCCCAAUCGGCUGCUCAUUUUGAAAGAAAGAAAAGAUGUGAUUUAGAAAAAAGCAGCUACCACAAGCUAGAAGAGAACGUAUUAUAUUUAUUAACAGUUUAAAUUUAGUCGAGUGGAUAUUGUUGAUGACCUGUGUAAACAUUAUUAUGUGCAAAACAUACGUAUUGAGUCUGCAAAAAAAGUAAUUCAAAUCCCUAACAAUUACGGUACUUUUUGGAGGAAUAACCGAAGUACUUAAAUGCUAAGAGGAAAUUAUCUGAUAAGUGUGCACGUCAUAUUAAAAAGUGCUAAAUUUCUGGCAGCAAGACAAAGAAGUAGGAUAGGGAACCAACCGCAAUGGCAAAUGGUACAACUUUUCCGAUUCCAAUAUUUUGUGAAUAUAACUAUGGUAAGUUGAAGCGUU